AUGCCUACUAAUAUCCCCAAGCGAACCCUGUCCCCAAUCAAGGCAAAUUCUGCUUCAUUCCUCGACGAUGCUUCAGCAGCAACGUCCGGGAAGGCGCCGCAGAAGAUUCAACUAGAUGCAAAAGAACCGACAAGGCUGGAACCGGGACCGGCGUCUCACCGCGCCACAAGCGAUACAUCUGCACGACUUCCCUGUGACCCGUCAAAGCCUCGUGAUUCUGGCGUUGCCACGAAGACUAGUACGAGGCCAACAAUUGCUGCUGCGCGUGGUGGCCAUUUAGUGCCCGGUCACUCUAGGAGCCAGUCAUCAAGUUACGCAAACACUAGACGCCCUACUCCAAGCGCGCCUAAAGUGGCAACUGCUACGGCGUUUUCGCGCUCGCAGCAUGCCCCCUCGGCCAAGGGUUCGGGGGACACCAGGUUGCCAGUUUCCAGGUCGCAUCACAGAGCCUUGAGUGCAUCCACACGGCCGAGACCAAACAACGACACUGGGGAAAACCCCCAGGAAACCGUCCACAAGGCCAACCGGCCGGUCGCCCCUCAUGUGCUUUCUGGAGGGAGUGCAUCGUCCGCCUCCGGUAGGCCAAUUGUGAGACCAGGCAGAAAGCCAGAGUUAGUGGCCUGUGAGCAACAUUCCGUUCCCAAGAAGCAUACGACAAAAUCAACCGCGGGCACCUCGCUUUCGCCCUUGGAAUCCCAACACGUCGCGGUACGCUUCGGCUCCGCAGCCCUCGCCAUACAAGGCACAGAAGCUGCACAUCUUGAAGACGAAUUACUCCAAUUGUCCCUUGUACACGAAAAGUCUGCGGCCACUCUCCAGUGUUACGAGGCAUCUAUGAAGUCGCAACUGAAGACGGGGCUCGAAGGUGUGGCACAUCAGCUAAGCACCCUCAGGUCCCUGCGGCAUGAUCGACAAGCGAACAUGAACGCGUUGGCGGUGAGCCGGUGGCUCGACCAGGAACCGACCCGUCACCAGGGAGACCCUGCAGGGUCAGACACAUUGCUUUUGCUGUCGCGAUGCCUGGAAGAGUUGCAAAAGAUCAGCAGUGUCCAUGGACCACUGGAGACUGCCAUGAAGCUAUUUGACGAGUGGCACGCCUACGCGUCUUCCACACGCCCGACCCAUGUCGGAGAUAAUCUGUUUCGUAAGGAUAAUAGCGAGGAGAAAGCACACUGUCUCCACUCAUUGGACCCACAGUGGUCAGCCUUGGUGUCAUCUGUGGACGACCGGGUCAGAGCCUGUGCGGCUUUAUUGGCGGCGCUCCAUAGGUCCCCCGGGUCUUCGUCAAUUGGAAUGUUGAUUGAGAUGCACCGCACGCUUGCUGAGCAGAUACAGCAAGAGAUUUGCAUUUGCAGGACGGUAGAAAGCCUGAUAUUGCGGCAACAGCAAGAGCGUCUUGCGAGGGACGUCGAACAAGCUCUGUCUGACGUGGAGUUACAUCAUUCAGGACAAGCUGUCCCUCACACUACCAGGAUGGGUAUAUGGGACCUUCGAGGAAAGGCUUGGGAGCCGCAGCGAUAG